AUGGGGGGGAACAACUGUGUGAUCGAGGGUUAUCAGUUCAACCAGUGCUUCCUGCCCUGGUGCUCUGCUCUCCUCUCUUUGCAGAACAAGAAGUACGUGCUGGUCAUGGUGGAUCCCGACGCUCCCAACAGAGCCAACCCCCGGCACCGGUACUGGAGGCACUGGGUGGUCACCGACAUCCUGGGUGCGGAUCUGAGGAAUGGGAAGGUCAAAGGGCAUGUGCUGUCAGGGUACGUCCGGCCCUCGCCCCCUCCCCACAGCGGGUACCACCGCUACCAGUUCCGCCUGUACGAGCAGCCAGCGCACAAGCACAUCGCCCUGAGCCCCGAGGAGGACGCCUCGCUGGGUUCCUGGGACCUGAAGGACUUCGUGGAAGAUUUUGGGCUGGGUCACCCUGUGGUCAAGACCCAGUUCCUCACCAAAUACUACGAGGAUUAGCUCCGGUCAGCGCGUCCUUCCCCUGCACAUCCUCACCCCACCUCUGCCCAGAGCCGAGGGGACCCCAAGACCCACCAAGGAUGCACCCACCCUGCUCCCCACUCAGACCCACAGCACCAACCCCAUCCCCUCCACUCCCAAACCCGAGUUCUCUCUCCCACCCUGAGCGGUGUCCCAGCUCACCCUGGCUAUCCCAGGAAGGAUGGCAUCACCUCUUCUCCUCCCCUCAUCCCAUUUUCCAGACCUUACCCCCAGCAUGUCCCGCCUGCACUUUGGGGACCUUGAGUUUGAAUGCUUGCAGUUUCCUGAAUAAAAUAUGGAUGGAGCACA